AUGGACCUACCCCGCGACCUCGCCGACCUAAUCAAAAACAACGAUGCCGCCGGCCUAGUCGCUAAAUCCACCAAACGAGGUCGUCCUCGAAAGGGGACCAAGGCCGUCACUCAGAGAGACAAAGACAACUGUCUCGCACAGGCGAUGCCAGAGGCUGAUUUAGAUGUUAUCGAAGUGCUGAUCCGACACGGUGCGAAGUUGACGCAAAGUUCUUUCCGCAAGGCGAUCUAUAGGGGGAAUGAGGAUACGGCGGUUUUGGAGCUCAUGUGGAAGUGGGGGUGGAGGGUCGAUGGGAAGGGGCUGUGGUAUGGUGAUAGCGCUGCUGGAGCGGCUGUGUGUUACGAGAAUAGCUUACGCUGGAUACUGCAACAUGGCGCAGAGCUGAACGUAGUUUCGAACCCGAGACUCGUUGGCUCCUGCGCUGAUUGUGUGACGCCGUUUUCAGAAGCGGCGUUGGAUGGUCACAUCUCAUCUAUGGAGAUUCUGCUCGAGUUCGGUGCUGAGCUGGAUCCGUUGGCGGUGUUUUAUGCCAUUCGAUGGCGAAGACGGACGAAAGAGACAUACAACCGUCUACCCUGCGAUAUUAAGGAUGCUACAAAAUCCAACGACACCAAAAAGCUCCGAAAGUGGCUCAGACAGUGGCCCGACCCCGAAUAUGAAGCCAAACAAGACUGCCUCGAGCUAGCUAUCCGCGAAGGUUCCAUAGAAACGAUCAAAACGCUGCUUUCCCACGGCGCCACACUCACAUACAUUGCCUUUCUCAAAGCGAUUCACCGAGAAGAGCCUGCAGUAUUCCAACAACUCCUCGACCACGGAUGGGAUAUCGAUUCGACGGAAUUCGGCAGGCCUGCUGUAACACACGCCCUCCGACGCGAAAUUCUGUUGCGCUGGUUUCUGGAUCACGGUGCCAAUCCGAACACCAAGGCUGAAAGACGAGGUGGCUCCGUCUCACAACCUUGCACACCACUUCAAUCAGCCGCUACGCUUGACGAUGAUGCGCCGCUCAAAAUGCUUCUAGCUUACGGCGCUGAGAUGGAUCCGCUGGCCCUGUUCCAUGCCAUCGGGUCGAGGAGGUCGCGGAAUGGCAUGGCUACAACUAUUGCAUUGGUGGAGCACGGUGCAGACGUAAAUCAUAUGGCGCGGCGCUGGGCGACACCACUUCAUCGUGCUGUUAGUGCGAACGCGAAGGAAAAAGUGGUGUAUCUGUUGGAGAAUGGUGCCGAUCCAAGGGUACAUGCUACAGUGAGUAAGAGUAAGCCAGUGGAUUGGGCGAAGCAGAAUGGGAAAGCGGAAUUGGUGAAGAUAUUGGAGGAGGCGGAGGCUAGGCAGGAGGAUUAG